AUGUUUGUUGUAGAAAGAAGAGAUCGCAACACUCUACUUCCUCUCCUAGUUGAGCAUAUUGAUUUAAAAACUACCAUUCAUAGUGAUGGAUGGAGAGCGUAUUCGGGAUUGAAUACUGUAUUUCACGACCAUAAGGUCGUAAAUCAUUCUGAAAACUUUGUUGACCCUAAAACCCGCUGUCAUACUCAAUUAAUUGAGUGUAUUUGGGGUCAUGCAAAAUUGAAAAUAAUUAAGAAUAAGAGGGGAACUACCUCAUCAUUGUUACACUGCCAUUUGAGCUUUUUCUGCUUCUGUUACUUAUACAAAGAUGAAGCAUUUGAAAAAUUUUUAGAAAUUAUUGGUAAAAACAAUUAA